GUGAACUUCGAAUGGUUAGCGGCUGUCAAGCAGUUUUAUUAAAAAAUAGUGUAUUUUUACAAUAUUAUAGACACAAUUAUGGCUCGUGAAAGUAGCGCUGGUUUCGAUAGACACAUUACUAUCUUUUCUCCGGAAGGAAGACUUUACCAAGUGGAGUAUGCACUGAAGGCUAUAAACCAAGGUGGGUUGACAUCGGUAGCGCUACGCGGCGUGGACGCGGCUGUGGUAGCGGCGCAGCGCAAGGUGCCGGACCGGCUGCUAGACCCUGCAUCUGUUUCACAUCUUUUUCGCCUUACUGACCGAAUUGGAUGCGUCAUGACUGGCAUGAUUGCCGACAGUAAGUCGCAAGUGCAGCGCGCGCGCUACGAGGCGGCCAACUGGACGUAUAAGUACGGCAGCGACAUUCCGGCGCACAUCCUAUGCCGGCGCAUCGCUGACAUCUCGCAGGUGUACACGCAGAACGCAGAGAUGCGCCCGCUGGGAUGCAGCAUGAUGCUGGUGGCCUUCGACGACGAGGCGGGUCCCUCCGUAUACAAGACGGACCCCUCUGGUUACUACUGCUCGUAUAAGGCGGUAGCGGCAGGCGCCAAAGCCACCGAUGCUAAUGCUUAUCUCGAGAAGAAGCUCAAAAAGCGUGCCGAUCUGUCGGCCGAUGACGCUGUGCAACUGGCCAUCUCGUGCCUCUCGCAAGUGCUGUCCGUGGACUUCAAGUCCUCCGAGAUCGAAGUCGGCAUUGUAUCCAAGGAAAACCCCAAUUUCCACGUGUUAACGGAGGGCGAAAUCGACAGGCAUCUCACCGCCAUAGCCGAGAAGGAUUAAAGGGGGCUGGUUGAAUCGAUAACUUGUCAUUCGUAUUCUACUUUUAAUAAACGUUUUACUGCUAAAACUUAAGGCUACU